GGAGUCGUCGUUCUCCUGCUGCUUGCUCAACAGACCCUCCCUGCUACGUCCGGGACUCCGCGGCUGUCGCUGCCGCCGCCGCCGCUGCUACUGCCGCCGCUGCCGCUGCGCUUUCCGCGCGCGCUUCUCCCGGUGCAGACAAGGAAAAAACACAUGAAGCAAAGAUGAUUAAUCUGGGAACAGAAUUAUAAUGUCCGACACGUCAGUCUGCGACCAGUUCCUCACCGAAAAGCUGGAGAGCAUAAUGGAGGCGGGGACAACAUGAAAAGAAUUCAGCAGACCCGGUCCAAUUGGAAUCGAGGAGAUAAACCCACACCUGAUGGCCGUUCCCCCCUCUCAAAGACGGGGCGUUCAGGAAAACGGCAACUUCAGAUGCAGAAGGAAGAUACCCCAUUUUCAAGCAAUUUGAGGCUGCUUCGCAUCAGCCUGCAGAACUGGUUUCUGCUGUGACUUAAGCAGGAUGAACAAACCAAAGAGGGAUUUUCUCUUCUGCAAAAAUAGUGACAGUUGUCCUCCUUAAAAGUAAUUGAGAAGACUACAUGCAAGCAUUCUGAAGAAAUGAAAGAAGUCGAGCUCUGGUCACGCAAGGAAGUGGCAGAUUGGUUGUUGGAGAAUGCGGUGCCCGAAUACUGUGAACCACUGAAGCAUUUAUCUGGGCGUGAUUUGAUCAAUCUAACCAAGGCCGAUUUUGAGAAACCCCCUUUGUCGCGAGUAACUUCUGACAGCGGGCAGCAGCUCUUAAACAUGAUAGAGACUUUGAAAAUAGAACAUCACAUUGAGGCACACAAAAAUGGGCAUGCCAACGGCCAUCUCAGCAUCAGCACAGAAGUCCCGACCGGUGAAAAUGGCUUCAGCAAAGCCCCCAAACCAAACGGGGUGCCGAAUGGCUACAGGAAAGAAAUGAUAAAAAUCUCUAUGCCGGAUCUGGAACGUUCUCAGUAUCCUGUGGAGUGGGAGAAGACGUUUCUGGCUUUCCUUUAUGCACUCUGCUGUUUCUUCCUGACCACGGUGACAAUCUCACUUGUCCACGAACGAGUGCCUCCCAAAGAGGAGGAGCCCCCCCUUCCAGAUGCUUUCUUUGAUUACUUUAACCGGGUUCAAUGGGCCUUUUCUAUCUGUGAAAUUAAUGGGUUGAUCCUUGUAGGACUUUGGUUAGUUCAAUGGCUGCUUUUAAAAUACAAGUCUAUUAUUGGCAGAAGAUUUCUUUGUAUAGUUGGUACAUUGUACUUAUACCGGUGUAUUACAAUGUAUGUAACGACACUCCCAGUACCUGGCAUGCAUUUCAACUGUUCGCCAAAGCUUUUUGGCGACUGGGAGUCACACAUGAGAAGGAUCAUGAAGCUGCUUGCUGGGGGUGGUCUGUCAAUCACAGGAUCACAUGACAUGUGUGGGGACUACCUAUACAGCGGCCAUACGGUGAUGUUAACUCUGACAUACUUAUUUAUCAAAGAGUAUUCACCUCGGCGAUUCUGGUGGUAUCAUUGGAUUUGCUGGGCUCUCAGCAUAGUCGGGAUGUUCUGUAUUCUUUUAGCUCAUGAUCACUACACUGUGGAUGUGGUGGUGGCUUACUACAUCACUACAAGACUUUUCUGGUGGUAUCAUACCAUGGCCAAUCAACAAGUGCUAAAAGAAGCUUCUCAGACUAAUCUUCUUGCACGGGUGUGGUGGUACAGACCCUUCCAGUACUUUGAAAAGAAUGUCCAAGGCAUUGUACCACGUUCCUAUCAUUGGCCUUUUUCCUGGCAGGCUUUGCAUCUGGGCCGGUCAGCCAAAUACAGCAAACUGGUGAAUGAUACAUAACAGAUAACAAUAAGGAGAUGGCGAGAGAACUGUCCAAAAGUGCUUGGAACUUCCCUAGAUGUGACGCCAUAGCAAUUGAACUGGUCCCUUAAUUCUACCUUUUAACCCUUACCUUGACUUUAAUCUCUUACCUGGUAAGCACUGUGAUAACUUUUUUUUCUCCAAAGGAUCUGCGAUGGACAACAAUAAAGUUACGGUAACUUAUCAUGCACUGUAUACAUUUCUUGUUAAUAGAUUAUGGAUUUGCAUUGCUCAUCACCAUGUUUCUUUGUAUAUGAUGCAGCAACAUAACAAAAAAAAUGCUUUUAUAUCAUAAGUUCUGGUCUUUCCAGUCAAAUCUGGGAAUGAAGCAUAUUAUUUUCUUGGGAAAACAUAAUUUUCAUAUCUCUUGCCCCAAAGAUUGGGCUGUAAGCCAUUUUCUAGCAAAUGUCUAUAUGAAGGUUUCUAAAUACCUGACUGGGAUAAAUAUACAGGAAUCUUUCUAUCUGUUUCACUGAAGCUACAAAUGAUAGACACAGAAAGGUUUGGUAAUCAUUGAUUUUGUAAAUCUGCAGUGACAGUGUCAAACGGUGCAAAAAAAAUUAUUCUGUUGUAAAGUGAUUUUCUAAGUAUUUCCUAACUUUAUUUUUCAAAAGAUAAUGCAUUCAAAUAAAUUCUAAAAAGGUUUUUACACGAUAGAGAAAAGAGUUAAACUUAAAAAAAAUGCUUCUUGGGAGAAAGAUUUGUCUGUUCUUAGUGCCUUUCUUGUCUUGAUAGUAUGGUCAGUAGGCAGUCUUUACAAUCUUUUGUUUAAAAUAAAGUAUUCCACAAAAACCAAGAUUAUACGUAUUGUACACAUUAUCAAAUUUUAUAUCUAAAUUAAACUGGAAAUCUGUUUGCAAUAUUCAGAUGACUGAAUUGGGCGGGGGAGGGGGGAAUCUAAUAUGAUAAUCAUGUCUUCACACUUUGUGAGCAGGUUAGAAUGAAAUAUACUAUUUAAAUUAUUUUAUUGUCUACUCCAUACAUGGAUUUUUAACUAUAGCAAGAAAACAGCCAUGACUUCCUUAUUAUGAGUUUAUUUUUCAAAGUAUAAACAAAUAAAAAGUAUAAACAAAUAAAAAUAAAUUCAAAUAUAAACAAUGUCUGAUCCCUAAAUGAAAAUAUUGUUGAAAAACAAUUGAUUUAUUUAAAAACAGGUUUGUGCAGAAACUGCAUGUAACUCUAAAAUUUUAAAUCCUGCCAUACAUAUUUUGUUUGGGGGAAGUAUUCUAUCCUAUACUUGCCAAUGUGCAGAACAAAAAAUAGUUUUUUAAGAAUGAAGAAGCAUAUAUAUAUCUAUAUCUAUAUAAAUAUAUAUAUAUAUUCAUUCUGUAUUUUACGUGAAGCAGAAUUAUCUUCUGUAGGGUUUUUGUGUGUUCAAAAAGGUGAAAUUUGUAUUGUAAAACAAUAACGGUGAAGGAAAAUAAAAGGCUUUUAAAGAA